CACACCAUGCUGGACGCCCUCCUCCCCCCUGGCACUUACUUCCGCUUCAACCCCUACAUGAGCGAGGACAUCCCGCUGAACGAGAGCCGCCCCGAGAAGCUCAACUUCCUGAAGGGCGAGGCCGAGAGCUACCUGGAGCGCAACGAGGCCAAGCUGAAGAAGGCUGCCAGCGUGCUCUGCCAGGAGAAGAGCACCAUCCAGAGGGUGGCCGAGUGGGCCAAGCUCAAGGCCGACAUGUACGAGGGGCUGCCCUUCAGCUCCAAGCUCUAGUUAUCUGCCUGGCAACUGUGUGGGUUUUUAAGAUGGACGCAAUGUGUCUUUGAUGGAGACGGAGUAUUAACUUUGAUAAGAAUCAAGCAGGUUUGGACGCUUAAUGAAAUCAUUUACUUGAAUAAUUACAGAAAGGAAUUGUUUCUGUACAUAAAUGUAUGCAUUUUAUCUGGCUUAAAGUGUUGGUGGA